AGCCACGCAACAUGACUGUCCGAAUCGCAAGAUUCGUAAGUGCAGCACCGAUUGUCUGAAGGGUGCCCAGGGCUCUCGGAGCUGAUUUUAUUCAAGGACUCUUUUUGCGCGUUGAUCGCAGAUCAGCCGGGAAGAGUCGGAACCUGCAAGCGAGUUUCGGGCUUUCGCAGCUUCCAAAUGGCCACGCUCGAGGACAAGUCUAUCUGGGAGGACGGUGAGGAAACGUUGGGUGAGGAUGUCCUGCGAAUGUCGACAGACGAAAUCGUGUCGCGCACGCGACUCUUGGACAACGAGAUCAAGAUAAUGAAGAGCGAGGUAAUGCGGAUCUCGCACGAGCUCCAGGCGCAGAACGACAAGAUCAAGGAGAACACGGAGAAGAUCAAGGUGAACAAGACCCUGCCGUACCUGGUGUCCAAUGUCAUCGAGCUGCUGGACGUCGAUCCGCAGGACAUGGGGGAGGAAGAUGGGGCGGUGGUCGACUUGGACGCACAGAGGAAAGGCAAAUGCGCGGUUAUAAAAACGUCGACCCGUCAGACGUACUUUCUGCCUGUGAUCGGCCUGGUCGACGCCGAGUCGCUGAAGCCGGGCGACCUGGUGGGCGUCAACAAAGACAGCUACCUCGUGCUCGAGACCCUGCCGGCCGAGUACGACGCCAGAGUCAAGGCCAUGGAGGUAGACGAGAGACCUACGGAACAGUACUCGGACAUCGGCGGGCUGGACAAGCAGAUUCAGGAGCUCAUCGAGGCCGUUGUGCUGCCCAUGACGCACAAGGAGAAGUUCGAGAACCUGGGGAUACAGCCGCCUAAGGGCGUUCUGCUCUACGGUCCACCCGGAACUGGAAAGACUCUGUUGGCUAGAGCUUGCGCCGCCCAGACGAAAUCUACCUUCCUGAAACUCGCCGGUCCGCAACUGGUGCAGAUGUUCAUCGGCGACGGCGCCAAGUUGGUCAGAGACGCGUUUUCCUUGGCCAAGGAGAAGGCGCCGGCGAUAAUAUUCAUCGACGAGCUGGACGCGAUCGGCACGAAACGUUUCGAUUCGGAAAAGGCGGGCGACAGGGAGGUGCAACGUACGAUGCUGGAGCUGUUGAAUCAGCUGGACGGCUUCAGCUCGACCGCCGACAUCAAAGUGAUCGCCGCCACGAACAGAGUCGACAUCCUGGACCCGGCCCUGCUGCGAUCCGGACGCUUGGACAGGAAGAUCGAGUUCCCGCAUCCCAACGAGGAGGCCAGAGCGCGCAUCAUGCAAAUUCACUCGCGCAAAAUGAACAUGUCGCCCGAUGUGAAUUUCGAAGAAUUGUCCAGGUCCACGGAUGACUUUAAUGGAGCGCAGUGUAAAGCCGUUUGCGUAGAAGCGGGUAUGAUAGCGUUACGACGCAACGCGACGGAAGUUACUCACGAAGAUCUAAUGGAGGCUAUUAAUGAGGUCCAAGCGAAGAAGAAAGCAAACCUGAAUUAUUACGCUUAAUACGCCGCGUCGCGUGAUUUAUUUAUUAAGAUAACUUUUGUAUAAUAAAUAUACUAGUAGUAAUAUCCUUCUUCAAACUUUUUCAUUUCUCGGCAAAUACGAGAUACGCAAGAAAGAAAAAUGAGCACUAUGCAAAGUCACGCGUGAAAUUACGUGAAAUUAAAAGAGUAUCGUGCUUACUUCGCCACGAAUUCUUGCGCCGUUGUCUUACAAUAGGUCUGUUCUUUCUAGCUGAACUUGCAUAGUUCCACUUUCCCUUUUUUGCCUUUACGUUAGGAAGAAAGAAAAGAGAUAAACCGUGCAAAGGUGACUAAAAGAGAACAGGCUUGAGAAAUGAAGUUUUAUUCUUAAUGUAAGAAUUUUGAUUGAAUGUUACGUGUUUGAAAGCGCCCUAUCGCUACGAAAAUAAAAUUUUAAUAACG